AUGUUUGAUGAAGAUGAUGAAGAAUAUGAUUAAGGUUUUCAAGCUUAAGAUUAUCUUAAUGAAAAUAAUGAUGAAUAUAGUUAUUCAAUUUCAUCAAUUGAAUAAUUUCCAAAGACAGAUAUUCCAAGAUUGAAUACUAAAGUUUAAGUUGAUAGAUAUAAGACUUUGAUGGAAUAAGAUCCUGACACUAAAAAUAUUCCAAAAACAUUUGGGAACAAUUUUAAAAAGUUUAUGGAUAAUCAAUUAGAAAUAUAAAAAGAUUAUUUUACCAAGAAUCCUCUUCCAAAAGAAUUGAUAAUUUUUUUAAAUAAAAAGAAGACUGGAAAAUAAGCAAAUUAUACCAUUUAAGAUUUUAGAGAUAUUUUUUAUGAUUCCAUAUCCAAUAAAUGGUUUUAAUUUUACAUUGAAAAUUUUUGUUUCUUAGAUUUGAUAACUUCUAAUAGGAUAGAUGAUCCAGAAAAAUAUAUUAAAUUUAUAGAGUAAUAUUUAGCAGGUGCCAAAGAUCCAAUACAUUUCAUCUCAAGUCGCCCUUUAAAAAAACAAAGCAAAAAUGAGAAAAAAAAAAACAAAAGAGAUGCAAAAUUGAAACAAGAUGAAUUCCUUGAUCAUUAAGAUCUAUCUAUUGAUUGCGAAUAUCAUUAACCUUCUAAUGAUCAUGAAUUCGAGGAUGAUUCCAAUAGAUAAUUUAGUUUCAAAGGUUAUGUUUGUGAUAUUGGUGCUUAAAAGAAAUAUGAUUAUGAUUGA